GUCCAUUAGUUGGACAGGGAAGUUGUGGGACAGUUCAUAUGGGAAUAUCAAAGGAUUCCACCGUUUUACCAACUAUUAUGGCAGUGAAGUCGGCAAAUAUGUCUGAUGCACGUUCGCUUAAAAGGGAGAGAAAGAUUCUUAGCAAACUUGAAGGUUGUCCUAGUGUGAUACAAUGUUACGGAGAAGACAUUACCCUGGAUGAAGAUGGGAAGACAGUUUAUAAUCUGUUGUUGGAAUUUGCUUAUGGUGGUACUUUAACUGAUCUUAUUGACAAAAGUGGAGGCUGUGGAUUACCUGAACCUCAAGUAAGGUUCUAUACAAGAUGCAUUCUUGAAGGGCUUUCAAAAGUUCAUGAGUUUGGUUAUGUUCAUUGUGACCUAAAACCUGACAACAUUUUGUUGGAUAAAGCUGGCUUGCUUGGUGCUACUAACAAUGUGGCAAAAAUUUGUGAUUUUGGAAUGGCAAAGAAGGCAAAUAAAAGGACUUCUUUAAGAGGAAGUCCAAUGUAUGUGUCACCUGAAAUACUGAACUUCGGUAGCCAAGAAUCAGCAUCCGAUAUUUGGGCACUUGGCUGCGUAGUGCUUAAGAUGCUGACAGGGAAGCCCCCGUGGAUUCUAGAGACUGAUUUAAAGAAGGAUCCUGAUUUAGUUAUGAGGGACCUUUUCUCUAGGAUUGGUUCCACACAUGAAUUGCCGGUUAUUCCUAGCAACAUAUCAGAGGAAAGUAAGGAUUUCCUCAGAUGUUGCUUCCCCAAGAGUCCUGCGCUGAGAUCGACAGCAAGUGAGCUCCUGAAUCACAAAUUUGUGAUGGCUUUUGAAGAAGAAGGAGAGAAGAAGGGUAGAGAAAGAGAGGAGGUCUUGGAUCCUGAAGGGAUCAAUACACCACUGUCUUCAACUUACGAGGAGGACAGCUUUAUAUCUCUGAAGGAUUCAUCAUCCGCUUCCCCUUCAGAAGGUGUUUCCAGCUCCAGCCCUGUUCCUGAUGUCUUUCCAAUAUUUACAAACACAUCAGUUAAACAAGCUGCGCUGAAGUUGAGGAAUAGAAAGUGCCAGGAAUUAGCCGCAGCUGACAAUGGUCCUCCUCCUACCAAAAAUGUCAUUAUGAACAACAAAAUUAUCUUGCAAUCUACUGCAAUAUGCAGAAAGAAUGGAAGAAUUCUCAACAAAGAAUUUCAACCUAGACCUAUUGGACUGAAAACUCUGUAA